AUGCGGUCGUGCCGAAGUAACAUUGCGUUCGUGCCCCGACUGCGCGGGAAAAGAGUAGAGGAGUCGAUUAGUGAGGGGGACCCGACUCCUGUCCCCGAUUCAACACCCCUUCGUAUUGUUCCGUGUAUCCGUGAAUUGUCGUAUAGUGCUUUUUGUCGUGACGCGUCAUCCUUGUUGUAUAUUAAUGUUAAAGUUGCGGGUCGAGAAAUCCCCGCCUUGUUAGAUUCAGGUUCAAGCCGUACGUUUUUGGGACCUGCCGCGAUAGAGAUCGUGAGAGAAUUCCGUAUGAAUUUUGAAAGCGCCGACGGGCGACGUGUGACCACCGCUACGGGGCAAACCACGCGAAUUCGGGGAGAGAUCGAGAUCCCGUUUACGAUCCGCCACCGAACGAAACCUUUGCGAGUGUGCGCGUUGCCGACGCUCGCGUUACCGUGUAUAAUCGGCAUUGACGCUCUAUCGCUUUUUGGGAUCGGAGUAGAUUUCGCGACACAACGAUGGUGUUUUAAGGACGCCCCGACUAUAGAGUACGCGUUCGACGGGGGAGGCGACGGCCAAGCGCUCCGCGUGAGCGCCGCGGAGGGAGCGCCGGCCGAACCGGUGGGGGCACCCGCCGAGGCGGAGCCGGCCCUGCGGGCCAUGGAGUGCCCAUCGCAAGCCGCGCUCUCCGAUGCCGUCGCGCUACCGAAACGCGCGCGGACCAGGCGCCCGCGCAAAAAUCCACCGCUUUGCUGUGGCCUAGUGGAAAUGUCGGCCACGGAGGAACAGCGGUUAGCGGAGUUUCUCGCGUCGGAAAUUGGGGGUGACACGGGCAAGCCCGGGGUGACGUCGCUUACCGAGCAUAAAAUCGACGUCGGGGGGCACGCGCCGAUCAAACAGCGCUACUACCCGGUGUCGCCGAAAAUCCAAGAAACGAUCUACGCGGAGGUCGAUAAAAUGUUAGAAGCUGAUGUUAUUGAGCCCUCGAAAAGCGAAUGGUCCACGCCAAUAGUUAUGAUUAAAAAGUCGAAUGGCACUUAUCGGUUCUGCCUCGACUUUCGCAGGCUGAAUAGCGUAUCGAAGAAAGACGCGUACCCGCUACCGUACAUGAACGCGAUCUUAGAUAAAUUACGGGCCGCCCGGUAUAUCUCGACCAUCGAUCUAAGUCAGGCAUAUUUCCAGAUACCGCUGGAAAAGGGUAGUCGCGAAUUAACAGCUUUCACGGUUCCCGGUAAGGGAUUAUUUCAUUUUAAAAGAAUGCCGUACGGACUCACCGGCGCGCCCGCAACAUUUCAGCGUUUGCUUGAUCGUUUAAUCGGACCAGAAAUGGAGCCUCACGCGUUCGCUUAUUUAGACGAUAUUGUUAUCGUCACCCGUUCGUUCGAGGAGCACCUCGUGUGG